UGGCACUUUGCAUGACAGAAUUGUUUAAAAGGAGGCUUGUGGACGGAGGGAAAGCAGACUCUGAGCAUCUGCUAAGAACUGCAACAGGAAGAAACAAAGAAGCUGCAAGAAAAACAAGUUGUCACCAUGAAGAUGACCACACUAGCUACCAUCGCUGUCCUCGUCCUGGCUCUCGGCUGGAGCUCUGAGGCCGUGCAGGUUGAAGAGAAUGGUAUGUCUUUCUCACUGGAAGGUGUGAAGAGGCUUCAGGAGCUGACAAAGAGCAGAGAUGCUAUAGGACAAGAAAACCCACGACUCAGGGCGAGCCCCAUGUUCAUCUGUGCUGACCCCAUGCUCCCACAAGAGUUCCUGCCCCUCUGUAAGCAGAGAGGAGCAUCUGCAUCCUUCACCAGACUAGGUGCGGUUCCCAUGGACGUCUGUGAGAUCUGUGCCUUUGCUGCCUGUACUGGCUGCUAAACAAACGCAGCAUGCCAGAAACAUUUUGCCUAGCUUAAGACUUGUGAUUUUUUUCCCUCCCCCUCAAAACUAUUUCAGGAAAUUUCUAAAAAUGUUUGCCUGCAAUGAUGAGACUGCAGUGGAUUUAUGUUCCAUGAAUACAGAGGUUGUGACUCUGAUCCAUUGGGCACUUCAUACAUUAUUAAGUCACUACUUGACCAAAAAAAAAAAAAAAGCCAAAAAAGAAAACAGUCAAAAACUGAGGUAUGUUUUGUGUUUUGUAUUGUUUUGUUUUUUAUUUGGCAAACUGUUACUUUUAAGCCUAUUUCCCACAGUACUUUAUUAUGCAUUAUAUUUUUGAAAUUUAGAUUGUUACAUUUCUAUUACCAACCUUUAUAUACAUAUUUAAAAGAGAA